ACAGCGCAGAGCGUAGAGCAGAAUGGACGCAUGCGCGCUUGUUGUCGUGGGGUUUCCGUCGCCCCAGCGAGGCAGUGCUGGCAAGAGGAAGCGAGAACGUCCCUGGACGGACAGCGACAGAAAGUCUGCUUUACUGAAGAUGAAAGGAUGAACACCGACUGACAUUGUUCCAAAGCUCCGUUCUCUCCUCCCACCUCAACUGGUCGAAAUGGCUGCUGGGCCGGGUAACUCGGCUGGGCCGUCCGGUCCUCCCUCCACUCCGCCUGAUCCAGGAGUAGCGGUCUGGGAGUGGCAGGAUGAGCUUGGCCGGUGGAGGCCGUACCGGAGCGGCGUGUGCAGCUUCAUUGAGCAGUCAUUCCAGGCCCUGCUGUCGAAGGGGAAACGGCUGUCCGGGACCUGGCCGGUAAACGGAAGCAUCUCCCUGGGACAGGCGGACGCAUCCUUGGCCCCGUACAUCAUUGACAUUCAGAGUCUAACGCAGUUCCGGCAGGACACAGGUACCAUGCGGGCCGUGCGUCGGCACGUCUUCCAGAUGGACUCGGCAGCCGGGCAAGGCGUUGUCUGGGAGUGGGAGAACGACGAAGGAGGCUGGUUCCCCUAUGAGAUGGAAGUCUGCAUCUACUUGGAGCAAGCCUUUACAUUCAAUUGCCCCCAGGUGGAUCUCGGACCCUUUGGUUAUAACUUCACGAUCGGUGAUUGAUUUUUGGUGAGCACAGGCGCCAGAACAAGCAAAGAGCCUGACCAGCUACCAAGCGUCCGGAUCGGCGGCAUGUAAGAGCUCACCACCAUACCGGUAAGCCCACGGCGAUGGGGCCCGCUCAUCGCCAGGAGUCCAUAACACCUGUACAUGCCAGCAGUGCCUGUUGAGUAGCAGGUCCGGACCCAUUACCACACGAUACCGGCACUCCAUGGGGAACCUCCCGGGGACUUCAGCCGGAAUGCAGGGGGCUGGCAGGACUGCUGGGUUUGGGUCUUCUCUCCCGGGCUUCCUGCCGUAUAACAAACCAACCGUGUCUGGAGCAAGAUCAAUGCCAAAGCUGAACGCGCACAGCACAGGGGCAGCGCUUCAUCCUGCAAUUGUUGGUGGAUCAAAUCCAGGUCAUGUCGUCAUACCCAAAGGAGUUAGUGUACCAAAACUACCUGUGAGCAUGACGAGGCCCAGCAGAGUGAGUGAAGCUCUUGCAGGCAUGAUGGCCUUUCUGAUGUCAGUCCCCGGACUUCCUGUGCACCUCACCCCGGCAUCUCAGCCCGCCAGCUCCCAUAGAGCCUCUAAAAAACGCAGCUCAGUUAAGGAAGGGAGGAAAAUGCACACCAAAGG